AUGAAUCCUAAGCCGAUUCUUGUAAAAACUGAACAGAGGAAAAGUAUUCUCCUGACACCCAGUAGAAUAGUAAGUCGACCUGAUAAUCUUGAAGGUGGUGAAGAGACAGAAAUCGCUGCACAAAUUUUAGUACCCCAAGAAGGCGGUUGGGGUUGGGUUGUAGUUGCUGCUUCAUUUUGUACUGUUUUCAUAUUAGAUGGAAUAUGCUUUACAUUUGGGAGCUUAUUAAAGGAUAUUGCAAAUGAUUUAGAUGUAUCUGAUUCUCUAAUAGCCUUUGUAAAUUCCUUAGCUAUUGCAAUUUAUUUCAUUGCAGGUCCUAUAGCAUCAGCAUUUAUUAAUCGUUUUGGUUUCCGGGCAUGUCUAAUGUCAGGAUCUGUACUUAGUUCAUUUUGUUUAUUCAUUUCAUAUUUUGCAACCAAUUUUCCAUCACUUUGUAUAUUUUACGGAUGUUUUGCCGGAAUCGGGUACUGCUUAAUAAAUAUGUCAUCAAGUCUCGUUGUAGGAUUCUAUUUCGAAAAAUUACGAUCACUAGCUUUGGCUAUAGCUACAUGCGGGUCCAGUGUUGGAGUUAUGGUUUUUUUCCCAUUGAAUUUUUAUUUAGUUAAGUUAGCUGGUUGGCGAACUACAACAUUACUACAUUCUGGACUCAUUGGUAUGACUUAUUUCUUAGGAAUGACUUUCCAACCCUUACUAUCUUUCACUGUUGCAAAAGCGACUGAUGAUCCCACACGUACUGUUACUUAUUUGCCUAACCUAUCGACAGCUGUGGUUCAACAAACUGCAGGACGUACUAAAACAGAUGAAUUAAUGCCUACAGCAACUGAACGCUUAUUCUGCGCUGCUUCAAACUUAAAUUUUCCAACUGCUGCAGCUGUGGUAGAUGAGGGUAAAGUUACUACAGAUACUCAACCAGGUCCAUCAACAGCAGCAGUAUCUAAGCUUACACUGACUGCAAAUGCGCCGCAAGGAGGUAUAAGCCCUAGGCAAUUAAAGCAAGUACAAUCUAUUAUGUCUAGGACCAGUGUACAGGAUAAAAUUAAGAAGGCUAUAGAAAUAACUGUAACGGUAGAGCAACCAAAAAAAAGUAGUUGUUGGGGACGUUUAUGUCAUUGGGAACAACAUAUUCCACAAUCACGACCUAUGUAUAGAGACGACGCUUUUUAUCAUGGAAAAUUAGAAAAACUACCAGUUUACCAAAAAAGUAUGAUGAAAACAGAUACGUCGAAAACUGGACUUGAGUACCAGUUAGCAGUAUCUAGAGCAGCGACUGCGGUAGAUUUACGAGAACAAAGAGGAGUAUUUACAACGGCUGCUAGAAGAGUAUUAGCGACAAUGAUGGAUCCUAAAUUAUUAAAAAAGAAAUCAUUUUUAUGCUUAUGCUUGGCUGGUUUGUUAAUAUAUGUGGGUUUUCUAACUCCAUACGUAUUUAUACAAGAUAGGACUUUAGAAGCAGGGUUAGAUCCCCGACACUGUAACUUGUUUGUAAGUGUUAUAGGAUUUUCAAAUGCUGUUGGUAGGUUGAUAUUAGGAGCUCUCGCCUGUAAAGUGGAUCCAGUCCUUGCUUCCUUAAGAAGUAUGGUUUUAGUAUCUUUGUAUGGACUAGAUAACUUAACAAAUGCUACUGGAAUUCUCUUGUUAUUUCAAGGAUUAGGUAGUUUAAUCAGUACUCCAACUGCUAGUAUAUUGAAAAAUCUGUAUGGAUAUUCUGUGGCAUUUUGUGUAGCUGGAUUUUUUAUCAUGAUUGGCGGUUUAAUUUUACUACCUGUUAAAAGGAUGUCCAAUAAAGAAAACAAAUGCAAUAUACCUGCUGCUACAGAACCUUCUGAUAAAAAAAUA